UAAAAGAGUAUAAUUUGUGACUCAGGAGCUCAUUUUGCAGGCAACGAAAUCAGAAAGAAUCACAGCUGCUCUUCGACGCCGCUACAGGGGGCAUUAAACUGAGAGUGAAAGCCGGAUCAAAUAAGCUGUUAUGACUUCCUUUUCUUUCUGCCCUUGAAGGUUAGAAGGAACAGGCAAUAAGGAAGAGUACACAAGUCAGAGAUGUUCUCAUUGUUUUAUGGACUUUGGAAGUAUAUGUUUAGUAAGAUUGAGUUUCAUAUCCUCAUUCUUGGAAUUGACAAGGCUGGGAAAACAGCUUUGUUGGAAAAGUUGAAGUCAGUGUACUCAAACUUGGAAGGCCUCCCCCCUGAUCGAAUUGUUCCUACCGUAGGACUCAAUAUAGGUCGUAUUGAAGCAUCAAAUACAAAACUUGUGUUCUGGGACCUUGGAGGUCAGCCUGGUCUACGUUCUAUUUGGGAGAAAUAUUAUGAAGAAGCACAUGCCGUGAUAUAUGUAAUUGAUGCUGCUUGUCCGGCACGCUUUGAAGAUUCAAAAUCUGCACUGGAAAAGGCUCUUCGACAUGAAGACUUGCAAGGAGCUCCUCUUUUGAUAUUAGCAAACAAGCAGGAUCUUGCUGAAGCUGUAUCAGCAGAAGAACUUGCCCGAUACCUUGAUCUUAAAAAAUUGGAUGAAAGGGUUUACAUGUUUGAAGGUGUUUCAGCAUAUGAUGGGAUGGGGAUUAAAGAAAGUGUAGAAUGGCUAGUGGAUGCAAUGGAGAGAAGCAAGAGAACUGAAACGUUAAGAGCUCGUGCAGGCGUAACCGGCUCUGCUACUGCAUAGAAGAGGGUAUAUCACAUUGAAGUUGUGUUUUUUUUUUUUUUUUGCCUCACUUUAAUUUCUGUAGAUAAAUCAGGGCUUAGUAUUGGAUUCUAAAUGAUUACAAAUUAGUUUUCUUUUUCUUUUUCUUGUAAACACAUAUUUGGCCUAGUAGUGCUCAUUGUAAUUUCACCAACAGAAUUGCAAAUAAUACUUAUUAUUACUAGUUUUAUCUUCUGAUUUGUAUUACAGUAAAGAGAAAUUUGGA